UUUUCUUCUCUCUCUCUUUGAACCCUUCCGAGCCCUCGCGGACGCCCACCUCCUCCCCGCUCUCCUCGCCGCCACCUCCCACCUCCGCCGUCGUCUUCCUCCCCACCAUCACCGGCGUCGGCCUUCCCCCUCCAAUCUCCCUCAGGUGCUUUCCUUCCGCAGAUCUGCGAAAAAGAGAGACGCCGACCCCUUCCUUGCUCUCCUCGCCGCCACCUCCCACCGGUCUCCGCCGUCGCCUUCCUCCCUAUCGUCACCGGCGUUGGCCUUCCCCUAUGCUGCCAGUGCGCUGGUUGCGCCACUUGUUCCCCGCAUCUAGGCGUGUGUUCUCGACGAUCGGAGUCUCGUCGCCGUUGCCGACCGACGACUGCCUCACCCUGUCGGUCACCAAGUCAACGACGGUCCAUGGCGGAGGAGGGAGGGACACGCUGGGGCGGAGGCUACUGAGCCUGAUAUACCCAAAGCGGAGCGCGGUGGUCGUGCUCCGUAAGUGGGCGGAGGAGGGGAAAAGCGUCCAGAAGUACCAGCUCAACCGCGUCGUCCGCGAGCUCCGCAAGUACAAGCGCUUUAAGCAUGCCCUCGAAAUAUGUGAAUGGAUGACAACUCAACCAAACAUCAAACUGCUACCGGGAGAUUAUGCUGUUCAUUUGGACUUGAUUGCGAAGGUUCGUGGCUUGGCCAGUGCAGAGAAGUUCUUUGAAGAUCUUCCUGAGAGGAUGAAGGUGCAAUCUACCUGCACAGCUCUUCUCCACACUUACGUGCAGAAUGAGUUGUCUAACAAGGCAGAGUCUCUGAUGGAAGAAAUGUCAACUCAUGGUCUCCUUAGAUGUCCUCUUCCUUAUAAUCAUAUGUUGACUCUCUACAUAUCCAAGGGUGAACUGGAUAAGGUACCAAAAUUGAUAAAGGAGUCGAAAAGAAACACAAAACCAGAUGUGGUCACCUACAAUCUAUGGUUAACUGCUUGUGCCAAGAAAGAUGAUGUGAUGGGUGCAGAAGAGGUCCUCCUUGAGAUGAAAAAGGAGAAGAUAACCACUGAUUGGAUAACAUACAGCAUGUUAGCCAGCAUCUACAUUAAAGCUGCCUGUAGUGAGAAAGCUAAGAAAGCAUUGGCCGAAAUGGAGAAAAGGGCUUCCAGAAAAGAACGGGCUGCAUAUUGCUCCCUUAUUAGUCUGCAUGCUAGUCUAUUGGAUAAUGAAAAUGUAUAUAGAACAUGGAAUAAAAUGAAAUCAACAUUCAGAAAAAUGAGUGAUGUCGAGUACAAGUGCAUCCUUUCAUCUCUUACAAAGUUGGGUGACAUUGAAGAAGCAGAGAGCAUCUACAGUGAAUGGGAGAUAGUGUCAGGCACGCGGGAUUCAAGGGUUCCAAACAUACUCCUUGGAUAUUACAUCAAGAAUGAUAUGACGGACAAGGCUGAGAAUUUUUAUGAGCAUAUGCUACAAAGAGGAGUCAAGCCUAGCUACACUACAUGGGAACUACUUGCUUGGGGUUAUUUGAGUAAGAAGAGAGUAGACAAGGUUUUAGAUUGCCUGAAGAAAGCCUUCUCAAGCUUGGAGAAAUGGGAGCCUAAUGUUGGAAUUGUAAGAGCCGUGUUUACCAAGCUUGAGGAGAUGGGUGAUGUUGAGGGGGCAGAGCAGUUCUUGGUUAUGCUUCGGGAUGUUGGGUAUGUGACAACUGAAAUAUAUAAUUCAUUGCUUCAGACUUAUGCAAAAGCUGGUAAGAUGCCACUGAUAGUUGCUGAGCGCAUGAAGAAGGAUAAUGUUCAGAUGGAUGAAGGGACUCACCAUCUCCUGAGGUUGACAAGCAAAUUUUGUAUUGGUGGAGUUUCAGCACUAAUUUCUUGAGAAGAGUGAGCUUCCUCAACUUUUUCUUGGAAACAGUGUUGUGACUGCUUUCACCAAGGAAACGAAUGUAAUUUUGUCACUAUCGGGCAAUGAUAGUUUUAAACUGCACUCUACUGGCCAUAUUAGCAUUCUUGCUGAAUUCGUCCUACCUGGCAUACGGAAUGCCUAUCACCAUGUUGUUCUGGUGCUACCAUGAAAGUCGAAGUUGACUGAGCAAAUUUUUCCAAAGCUCACCGAUGGUAAGUGGUGUUGAAGAGAUCACAGAUUAUCUGUGCCAAGCCAUACACCAUAUGCUAGCUGCCACUCUCCUAAAUCAUGGCUGUUUGUAGGCUUUUGCUUCAAUUUAUUUUUCAUUCAUACAGAAGCAGUCUAUAAGAUGCAAUUAAUUGCUUUACGACUUUUAACUCACCUUUGGUUGCAGUUAUCUAAGAUGAAUGUGUAAUAGUUUUAUAGUAAAAGGUCUCUCUUUUUGCAUUUCAAUGAAAUAUGCCUGAUUCUGGGUCAUAUUGAU